AUGGAGCAGCGGAGGCAUUCAACGCGGGCAAAUAAGCCAUUUUGGGCUUCCGUAGUUGUUCAACUGGCGAUGUUUACAAUGACAACGAAAAUCGCAGCUGAUUCUGUUCAGGAUUUGGAAGAGUCUCUGGCUAGUGUGUACGUUUGGAGCUCUUGGGGUAGUUGGGGACCGUGUUCGAAGACCUGUGGGGGUGGCGUGGCAGUUCAAGAACGGGAAUGUCUACCGAGGGGAUGGACAAUGGAUUCAAACAGCACAACGUCGAUCCCGCUUCGGAUGCAGAGGGGAGACUGCCCAGGCGUAGCCAGGAGAUAUCACGAGUGCAAUGUUAAUCCAUGUCCCGAGGGAGAGCCGGAUGUGCGCGCCGAGCAAUGCUCAGCAUAUGACAACAGGCCGUUUCGUGGUCGCUUCUACAACUGGAUACCCUACGUCGACGGCAGCGCUCCGUGCAUGUUAAACUGCAGACCUAUGGGACAGCAGUUCUACGCUUCCCUCGGAGUGGUGGCCGAUGGGACUCCUUGCACGGAGCCGGGAUAUCGAGCGAUAUGCAUUCAGGGUGUUUGUAAGGUAUUUGCAAUAGUG